CUCAAAAGAGAGAAAUUAAAAAUCAAAGAGUGAUCAUGCCAAGAAAAAAAGUAAAACUUGCACGGAUAGAGAAUAACCAGACAAGAGCACUAACUCUGAAGAAAAAAAUAACAGCAUUACAAAAAAAAGUGAAAGAACUAACCAUAUUGAGUGAUGUAAGGGCUUGUCUAAUCAUUUCUAACCCUAACGAAGUUAAACCGGUGGUGUGGCCAUCUCUUGAAACGACUCAUGGCCUUCUAGAUCGUUUUUUCGCCUUACCAAAGUUCGUGCGAGAUAAAUAUGCGAUGACUGUCGAGUCAUACAUAGAAGAGGAGACAAGGAAAAUCCAAGCUCAAUUGACUAAGGUUCAUAACGAGAAAAGAAGGUAUGAAAUUGAUGAGAUGAUGAAUCAACUACAAGAACGUCAUAUAACUAUUGCGGAUCUUAGCUUGAGUGAGAGAUACGCCAUGUUAUCUUUCUCAAGAGAGAAGAUCAUAUCUUAUAGGAGGCAUCUACACGAGCAAUUUCCUCCUCUUCCUGAUCUACCGGCGUUCCCAGUUGAAGUGCAAGUCGAGCCGCUUAAUACCACCAUAAAUGAUGUUUUUGUAGGACACAAUCAAGAUGAUGAGAGAGCAACAAGAAGAAUUAGCAUUAAUGCUUUAGUGGAGAAUGGAAGUCAUUACUUAUUUGAUCAAUGGGUUUCUCCACUCAAUCCGCCCAUUCUUGAAAUGGAUCCAAACCCUAGAAGCUAUCGUCCAUACCAAGGAAGUAGUAGCAAAGGAAACCAUCAUUUGGAAAUGGAUCCAGUUUAUCCCCAAAUGAUGAAUUCUUAUGGUUUGCUUGGAUCAGUCUCUCAACCUUCACAACAUCAUAAUAUGAACGUUAAUCCGAUGAUGGUUAAUUAUCCACCAAGGCAAUAUCCUUUUGAUAUCAUGAGCUAUGAUGUGGGAGUAAACGAGGAAGGAAAUAACAUGAGCAGUUCACAAUUUUACAUGAGCAACAAUACCAGCUUACCGACUAAUGAUGGUCUUCGUCAAGAACCACAAAUGAUGGCUUUUGAUGGUUUACAUGGAUCAGUCUCUCAACCUUCACAAUAUCAUAAUCCGAUGAUGGUUAUGAAUCCACCAAGGAACGACAACACUAUAGCGACUAAUGAUGGUCUUCGUCAAGAGCUACCUCCUAAUGGUCCUAAUGGAACAAUCACUGGAGAAGAUAAUGUUGAUGCGACAUUGUUUAAUAUCAAUAAUUGGUUAAUGUUCUAAG